AUGGCUUACGUCAUCCGAUUUUAUAAAAAUACUCUAAGAAAUCAUAGUGAUAGAAAGAAGGGAAAAUUGGAGAUAGAAGAGAUCGAAGCAUCUGAGAAGUUCGUUUUGAAAGAAAUUCAAAGAGAAUCUUUUAAAGGAAAGAUAAAUUUUCGAACUGUGAAAGACAGCGAUGGUCUCUUACGAGUUGAGACAAGAAUAACAUCGAGAAAAGACUUAGAAACUUUUAGAUUCCCUAUAUUAUUGCCUAGCAAGCAUGAUUUGGAGGAAAAAUUAAUAAUGGACAAACAUGUUGAACUGAAACAUGCCGGUGUUCAAACUUUGAUGUCUCACCUCAGAGAGUCGUUUUGGAUCAUUAAAACCAGAAAGACAAUUCGAAGCGUCGUAAGAAAUUGCGUCAAGUGCAAAAGAUUCUCGGUUAAACCAUUGGAAGCCGUAAGCAUUCCACUUCCAGAAGAUCGAGUCAGAGACGCAACUAUUUUUGAAAUUAUAGGUGUCGACCUGUGCGGGCCUCUGCUUUUAAAAGGAGAUAGAAAAUGCUGGGUGGUACUCUUCACUUGUGCCAUCUACCGAGCGGUGCACCUCGAAGCAGUAUCGUCCCUGUCAACAGAUUGCUUCAUCUUGGCCCUUCGCCGAUUUAUUGCUCGCAGAGGACACCCGUCCACUGUAUACUCUGACAAUGGGACAAAUCUUGUGGGAACGGCAAAUCUUUUGAAGAACAUUAAUUGGAACGAAAUUGAAGACUUUGCUUCAAGGAAACGAAUUUCAUGGAAAUUUAAUCCUCCCUCUGCCCCUUGGUGGGGAGGCUUCUUCGAAAGAUUAAUAGGAGUUUUGAAAGGCAUCCUGAGAAAGGUUCUAGGACGAGCUUGUUUGAAUGAAGAAGAGUUAGCUACAGUAUUAUGCGACGCUGAAAGUUUAAUUAACUCCCGUCCUAUAACGUAUCUUUCAGAAGAUCCCAAAGAUCUGUCAGCGCUCACACCACCCAUGUUUCUUCAGGAAAUUAAAGAAAUUGGUGUUCCUGAACUUGACCUAAUUGAUUCAAAAAAUUGA